AUGGGAAAAGUUAUUGAACAAAGUAUAAGUGAAUUUCUUGAAUCAAAAUUUGAUGGAUUCAAAAUUCAAAAAUUUUCCGAUAAAGAUCUUGAAAAUUUCAGUUUUAACAAUUCCAAAAUAUACGGAAACGUUGAAAUUGCCACAUUAAAGAAAAAUAAUUCUACCGUCGUGUUAAAACCAAUCAAUGUUGCCAAUAUUCGUUUCGAAGUUGAUGAGAUUAAAUUAAUGUGGGAGGCAGGUUCCGAUAAAUCCACAUUAAAAUUACACGAUGCAAGUAAAGAUGAAUAUUAUCUCGUAUUGGAAUAUAUUAAUUGUGUGACCCUUACUCAAUACUUGCAAAAUAAUUUUAAAACUUUGGAUUGGAAUAAAAAAAUUAAAAUCGCAUUAGAUAUUUCAAACGCAUUAUUAUUCUUACACGAACAUAACAUUUUUCAUAAAAAUUUGAGUUCGGAUAGUAUCUUAUAUUAUCGUGAUACUAUUAAAUUAAUCAAUUUCGGAAUAUUCAACUUUAGAACGUUGACCAAAAAACGUUCUUUCUUGCAAAAAAUCAUGAAGAAAGAUAAUGAUGAUAGUGAAUCGAUCAUGCGUCCAAAAGAAUAUGAUGUUUGCUCUUUGGGGUCUGUUUUGUUCCAACUCACUCAAGCUCUUGAAAAUUAUAAUGGAGAUUGGGAUAAAUAUUUGAAAAAUCUUUCGUUAGAACAAAGAGAUAAUGCAAUGAGCAAUGUUCCAAGUGAAUAUCAAGAUUUUAGAAAUCUUGUUGGAACAAAAACCCAAACAAUCGACCAAAUAUUCAUCAAGUCACUAAAUCUUUACAACAAUUAA